ACUGAUAAGCUCUUCUCCUUUUCUCUUAUAAUGUAGUUAGUUUAGUUGGUUAAAUUCAGUUAUAUAACCGUUAUUUAGAUAGUUAAUUGCUUAUUUGUUAUAUUCUGUUUUCAUUCCUAUAAUAAUACACCACAUAGAUAUCAUAGUUAUUAUAUUCCAUACAUAAAUACAUUCAUUCAUUCUCACACACUCAACACUAAUUCUAACUUCAAUUUUUUCUCUAGUCACAUUUUCUUGUUUGUGCAAAAACUAAAAAGAAAAGAUAAUGUCUAACUGGCUUGAAAAUAUAAUUUGUGCAUGCUGCUCAAAAGAAAAAAUUAUUCACAUUGAAGAAUUUGAUAAAGAUCCUCUUGGGUGGACACAUGACGUGGGUUACCAUCCAUUUGGUGAUUUCUCCAUGGCUGCAGUUUACGCGAACUCGAUUGUGGAGACUCACAGCCAGUUUGAUGUUGGCAAGAAUGCAUUCUUUGUUGGAAUUUAUGAUGGCUUUAGCGGCGACUACACUUCAACCUUCAUCCUUGCUAACCUCUUCAAGAAUUUAGUUUGGCAUAUUCAGCGUAAUGGUGAUAAUAUGUCUGAAGAUAUUCUAAGGCAAGUUGUUGCUGAAAUCGAGGAAUCGGUUAUGAAUGGUAUUAGAGAUGCUUAUGAACAAUGCCCUGAGCUAGGAAUAGUUGGUUCCAGUUGUCUAAUUUGUAUUCUAUGGGAAGAGAGACUAUAUAUCGCCAACCUUGGAGACUCCCGUGCUGUCAUGGGUUCUUCUGAGAUUCCAUUUAAUAGAUUCCUUGUUCAACAGUUGGUCAGAGAUCACAAUGCUUGUAAUGAGGAUAUCAGAAUUGAACUCAUGAAUUUGCAUCCAGAUGAUCCGAAUAUUGUGACCUAUAAUUUUGAUGCAUGGCGUGUUAAAGGCAUACGUGAGGUAAGCAGAGGUAUUGGACAUGCAUAUUGGAAGCGGGAACCGUUCACUAUAAACUCAUCGAACCAAGUCCCAGAGUCAGAACGUGUGCCUUCUCCUUUUACCCGACCUUUGCUAUCAGCAGAACCUGAGAUACAUUCAAGACGCAUACGUGAGUCGAAUAAAUUCAUUAUAUUUGGAUCAGGUGGACUUUGGAAAUUCUUGACAAAUGAGGAAGCUGCUAAAAUUGUUGAGAACAAUCCACGAGAGGGAAUUGCAAAAAGACUUGUGAUGAUUGCUCUAGAGAUUGCAGCUGGAAGAAGGAAUACAAGCUAUAAUGAGCUUAGGGAGAUUCCUCAGGGACAUGGUGUUAGUAGGGGGCCUAGUGUUUCUGUUAAAGGAACUAGGAAGGAAUAUCAUGAUGAUAUCACUGUGAUAGUUGUAUUCUUAGACAAAAUGCCAAAUCGUAAUCAGACUGUGAUGCCGCCAGAGUUCAUUUCCUUCAAAGCCUUCAGUAUGAUGGAAGCAUCAGAUUUUAGAUAUCUCAAUCAGAGAUCUGAAUCAUAAUUUUUCAUUGGAACCAACAUGGUGUAGAACUGCCUCUAAAGUUUUCAUGGAUUAACAUUCUCAUCGCCAUAAGCGUCUGAUCAGUGAUAUUGUUUAGGCUCCGUUUAGUGCUUGAAUAAUUACAAGCUAUGCAAAUUCCUUACCAGAUGAAAGCAAAGCUCACCUUUCGUAUAUUGUACUAUUGGUUUAAUUCAACUAUUAUGUCUUUUUUCUUUUCACUGAUUUGAUUGUUGUUGUCUUCGAGUAUCAAUUAAAAUGUAUUCUUUUGACUCUGUUUGCUUAUAAAAAUUUGUACAAACUGGCCUUAAAGCAAAGUGCCUUGCUUGUUUUUAA